CCCUCUCGUUGUCUCCGCAUCAAAAAAUCUAAAAGAGAAGAAUAAAAAGAACAUCUUCUGAAAUUACACAUCAAAAAGUCUAAAAGAGAAGGAUAAAAGGAACGUCUUCUGAAAUUAUCAGGUAAGGCACAAUAUUGGUUACAGCAAAUUUUCACUGCUGAUUUGCCCGUACAAAUUGCUCAUGGACAAACCCAGGUUUUUUUUUAGCGAUGUAUCCGGCACAAAAGUUUUCGCCCACUGGGCCCAUCACUUAUUUCCUUUCCUUAGCCGGCCCAGUUCCCCUCCGUGACACAGUUUGCUCUUCCCGAGUUCUCUCGAGAACUCUUUCCAGAAAGUUCCAAAAACAAAAGAGAUCUUCUUGAACCCUGGCGAGUGAUCUUACAUCACCCAGCAAGCGAACAUCAUUCGGACCUCUUUUCCAAGACACGGAGGUCGGAGCCGUCGUAGAAGCUAGAAAGAAUGGGUCGGAAGGCCGGUGGGUUGUACAUAAACCCGAAGAAGUUUGGUGGUGUCGUCAAGCCUUUCAUGGUGGAGAUGGUAGCCUUCCUCAACUGCCUGGCCUUGAACAAGCAGAGUGAUGACAAGUGCAUGAGGCAGAAGGAGCUCUUGGUUACCUGUUCUCAGGUUCAGAAAGGGAGGCCAAAGAAUGCAGCAAAGACCAUCAAUUACCAUCUCCAGCGGCUUGGGCGAGACAAAUUCCACUAGUUCCAGUCAUAUACUGGGACCACUGUGUCAUUUUCAUGUUUAUUGUCUUGUCUUGAAGUCUGGAGCAUGGGGAUUAAUAAUUUUUUUGCGAUUAGCUUUGGCAAAAUGAUUAGUAUUGGCAAUGGUGAAUUUCUGGAACAAUUUUAAUGUCACAUUGUAAGGCAUCAGCACAACAUCGAUACGGUUUUCUUCUCUUUGAUAUAACAGGCUUUUUCUGCUGUUA